UAAAGUGAGAAUUGGCAGGACAGUAUUAAUAUCCUCACAGGCAGCUAGAACAAUCACACUUGGAAAACCUGUUUGUGUAAAACUUGAAAUGGACUUUCUGCUUGUCUUCCUCGCUAUGGUCCCAGGUACCUACAGUCUGUCACCUGAAAGUGAGUUUACCGGCUUGGUGGGAGGAUCUGUGAGUGUCCCCUGUCACUAUGACGUGAAGUACAGAGACCAUGUGAAGUACUGGUGUAGAGCGUGGACCUGGACCAGCUGUACUGUUCUAGGAAGAACGGAUGAACCCCAGGAUGAUGAAGGUAAAAUACUGAUCAGUGAUGAUCGAACCCGGGGGGUUUUCACUGUGACUUUGAGGAGACUGGAGAAGAAGGAUGAAGGCUGGUACUGGUGUGCUAUACAGAAAAGUGGCUUUGAUGUGAAAUUUGAACUUCAUCUUCAUGUUGUUGACGGUACUUCCAGUCUGUCAUUACAGAGGAACAUAACCGGAUGGGUUGGAGACUCAAUCAGUGUCCUGUGUCACUAUGAUCUCAAGUACAGACACCAUGUUAAGUACUGGUGUACUGGGAGACUCUGGUCCAACUGCACUGUUCUUAAAAGAACCGAUGGCUCCAUGAAUGAUGAAGAUAAGAUACUGAUCAAUGAUGAUAAAACCCAGGGGGUAUUCACUGUGACUGUGAGGAGACUGGAGAAGAAGGAUGCAGGCCAGUACUGGUGUGGUCUAGAGAAAAAAGGUUAUAUCAAAAUCGACAAACAUUUCCAAAUUCAUCUUGAUGUUGUUGAUGCACCUGCUACACCACAAACAACAAUGCCAAGUACAUUUUCCACACGCUCCAACCAGCACACAUCCCAAGAAACCACCACCAUCAUCCAGUAUUCAAGCAGCCUGCAAACCAGCAGCCGCCCAGACAGUUCAAAAGGCAAUGGCUCCACACGUUUACUGCUCAUGGUUCUAUAUUGGAUUCUUCCCGCCCUGUUGGUGCCUGUCCUUUUCUGCACAUGGAAGAUUAUUCGGACCAAAGUUGGUAAAAACAAGAAACAAGAAGAUGACAAAGACUGCAAUUCUUCCAAAGAAUCUGAAGAGUGUGUUACAUACAUUACUGUGUCAUUUCAUAAGAAAGUACCAACCUACACCGAGGGAAAGGAGCCCGGGGAUCCUGAAGAGAACACUAUAUACAGCACGCUGGCCCUUAACAAUUAAAAACCAUAGGAAGGAGAUCCAGGAAGACUCUCUGAGGCAGAUCCUACAGUUUCUACCUCCCCAUUCUACACCAGCUGUUCAGAAGAGACAGCAACCCAUUUUUAAUCUUGCACUGCCUAUUUGGAUGAUAUUGUAGAGCACAUCCUAUUCACAAAACUUUUUAGAAGUUAUUUAGUUACUAGUUAUGAAGUGUCCUCCUGAGGGAAGCUUGUAUGGUAUGAAAACCAGCUGCUGCUGCCACUGCUACAACUGCUUAUAAACUGUGAACUAAGAUGGCAGCCAUAUUGGGGUCAUGUGACCUCUUGGUUUCCAGAUGAUACAUUUCUGAGAUGUUGGCUUUGUAAUUUGUACACAUAUGUAUUCUGUGGUUCUCUCAGUCAACUUCGCCAAUUAGUUCACAAAGUUGCCACCCCACCACAAUGUCAAAGCCAAAUAUCUCAGACACCAUGUGAGGAAGUGACUUCAUAUUUGCAGUGUUAUAUAAACCUGCAUGCUAGAUAUGUUAGUGAUCGUGACAUAAUAAGGCCUACAGCCUAAUAAGGCUGCCAUAUUGACUUUAAAGCAUGUUCUGUAUGGAGACUUGUCCUCAUUUUUUUUUAUUUCCUUAAUUAAGUUCCAUUACAGGUGGAAUCCAGUAGAAAUGAACCCUUUCACUGCACAUAUUAACGUGUAUCAUGUCCCUAUAUGAACCCUUUCACUGUUUGUUGUUCUUUCUUUACCUCUGCAUAUAUCAACGUGUGAUCAUGUCCCUAAAUGUUCCCAGCUAACUGUACGAAAACUCACCACAACAAGACUUGCAAGCAGUAUUCCAUUUAUUUAGGAAAACACAGAGUGGCUUACAAAUCACUAACAAACUUUACACUAUUACUGUAAUUACAGUGUAGAGGAUUUGUUUAUAUUUGCGUCAGCGUCCAGUGUAACAUUCAUUUUUUAGAAUACUGUGCAGUAUUCACACUGGAGGCUUUCACACUGGUCGCGUAGCGUAAAACGGAUGGCGUCUGUAAUAGACUAUGUUCCUCUUUCUCUGUUGACAUCUGGUGUAAAAUGUACUUAUUUUAUCUAAUAUAUAGGUAUGAAAAAUAUGCAUCAAUAUAUUUUGUUUUGGAGAAAAUUAGCAAUUUUAGAAAGAUACAUGGGUGCAAAAAGAUGCAUGUGCAAAAAAAUUCACAAGUAAUACAAUGGAAGUAUUAAUUAAUCAUUAUUUUAUAAAGGUUGCAACCCUAUUUUUUAUAUAAAUAUAAAUAAAUAAAUAUAAAUGUUCCAAAAAUGAAUCAGUAUCUUCAAAAAGUAGUGCAUUGAGCUGAGAAGUUGUAAAAAUGUUUCUAUCAGCUUUCUUCUUUUCUCUUUCAGACACCAUCUUUGUUUCCAGUGUGAGAUAGACCACUUUUUCACAUUUUAAUUUAACAUGGCCCACUUUUCAAUUACAAUAUCACGUAACAUCCCAUAGUGAUAAAUCAAACCCUAGCUAGUAAACCCAGUUUCCAAUUGAUUACAGCUUAGCCUAUUUUUUACUAUUAGAUUAUGGUCCAGACAGUACACAAAUACAUCUCAGAAAUAGCAAAAAUGUAGUUCCCUUUCAAUUCGAAGAUGACCAACAACAUAUUUAUUGCUGAGGAAGUCCAUGAUGCGAUUUUGAUCGCGGAAACUGGUGGGUUUAAUUUGUUGUUGUAUUGUUGUUGUCUGUAGCUGAAAAGCUGCUGGUCUGUUUUGACAAGUGAAGACAUGUUCAGCACGCAACAGACGAGAUGUACUGUCAGCAUGAUUUUCAAAAGGGGCAAAAUAAUAACUAGGUCGCAAAAUGAUUUUUAAAGCCUGUCCAGAAUGAGUGCUAAAGUGCUUGUGGUGAAAUGCAAUUUUUUUCGUGCACAGUUGUGAAGUGUUGUCCGAGUUUAGUGCUGGUCUGUAGCGACAGCAACGGAUUGUGUUAGCCGUCUAAUAAUAACAAACAGUACAAUUAGACUCGACAAAUAAACAAAACACGGUUAAAUCACAGUUCUCCUUUCUCGGUUUCAGCUUAACCAAAACAAAAGGAACAGAUCACCUAGCCACGUCCCCUUUUGUACUGUCAGUCACUCCCCCUUGGUUAGCGAGUGUAACCAUUUCUCCUCCAAUCUGUGGUUGCCACAUCGUUUUCCCUCUGUAGCGAUGACUUGGUGUACCGUAGCUCCGCCCCCUUUCUAGAUGUCCGAGUUCCACCUAACCCUUGGAAUGAAUCGUCUGACCAUCCAGGCCGGGGCACUCUGCUCCCUUUACACAGCGCCCUCACAGGUUGGGAGGGAGAUUUAUAACCAACAUUAAUUAUUUCACUGUCACACACACCCUUUCCUUCUGGGACCACUUCUUCCUCUUCUUCUUCUACCACUUCUUCUACCCCCUCUCCCAUCCACCUCUACCCCUUCUCUCUUUUUGCCACAAUCUCUGCUCCAUUUCCACAACCCCAUUUACUUCUUCUGCUCUCUCUUCUUCCCACAUUCUCCCAUCUUUCAGCAUACUUGACCACCAUGACUAGUUCUUCUUCUCUUCGCACAACUCUUGACUCCUUCUGUCCUAUUGUCUUCCACCCUGCUUGCUCCUCCCCUCCCCAGCCCUGGCUGUUCUCUACAGUCCGCUCUUCCCGUAACAAACUGCACACUGCUGAACAGCGAUAGAAGAGAUCCAAGCUACCCUCUGAUUUAGACCACUACUGCUCCUUCUCGACAGCCCUCACCUCUGCCAAACACUCCUACUAUCAGUCUAUCAUCCUUUCUGUCCACCAACAACCCCGCCAACUUUUCUCCACCUUUUCCUCCUGUAGGAUUAUGGAUGACUUAUUAAAUGCCUUUAUGUCAUAAAUAUAUAAUAAUAAAAACAAUGACAAUUUAUUUUGGUAAAUCAGA